AUGGCCUCCUCCCUGGUUGGGAAACAUCCUGUCCAACGGAUGUCCAGCCCUUCCCGGGGAUUCUCUGCCUUGGUCCACUUAAUCGGUUUAGCCAGCUUUAUCGGCUCGUUCAAAUUUAUGCACGAGAAUCCUAAUCGCGCUAACGAAGCAUAUGGUUGGCAUUUUCAGUAUCUAACCGUUAUCGGUCUUGCCUUAUCGACUCUCACUUUUGCUGUCGCGCUGUUGGCGGACCUGACCCUGUCCGCCCGGCUAUUCCUCGUUAAGAACCUCUUCUCGAUAUGUAGCGCUCCGAUGGAGGUACUUAUCAGUGUUUUAUACUGGAGUCUUCGCAUGGUGGGCUAUAAGAUCGACGAGCGCUUAGUGGUUCCGGACUGGGCUUAUAUACCAAUGCAUGCUGGCAAAAGGAUCCUUGAGCUAAUAUCAUAUCGUUCUGCAGAUAUUAGUUUUCACGCCGUACCAGCCAUUGUGUUAUUGAUCGAUCUCCUACUUCUUUCCCCUCCAUGGACAAUCAGUAUCGUACCAGCCCUUGGUCUAUCAAGCACAAUCGCGUUUGGUUACUGGAUUUGGAUCGAGCGAUGCUACAAGUACAACGGAUGGUACCCGUAUCCGAUCUUUGAGCAGGUGCCCUUCGAAGGCCGCGUGGGUCUUUUCGUGAUGAGCGCCAUUGUCAUGGCGCUGAGCACUGCAACCCUGAAAUGGCUAUACGGACGGGUCAAUGGCUUCGGGACGGCCUCAAAACCCAAGGCUCGUCCUGGUGCUCUGAAACAGAAUGGUGCUUCGAAGCAAAAUGGCGGUCUUUAA